AUGAACAAUCUUGUAUCCAAGUUUUGUGGAGCCUAUGCGGCUGCAACAAGACAGAGAACAAGUGAUCAGAAUGAGGUUGAUACUGUUAAACUGGCACACCAAAUCUUCUACAACGAUCAUAAGAUUAAAUUUAAUCUUCACCAUGCUUGGGAGGAGCUGAGGAAUGACCAGAAAUGGUGUGAAGUUGCUAGUAGCAAGAUCGAUGGAAGUGGUAAGAAGAGAAAGUGUGAUGAUGGAGCACAAUCAGAAAGCUCUCAAGCAACUUCCAAUCUCGGUGAUGAACCAACCAACCGACCUCCUAGUGUUAAGGCAGCGAAAAGAGCCUCUGGUAAGAGAAGCAUUGCAGAUCACACUGCUGUCUCUGAGUUUCGAAUUAUGUGGUCUAUUAAAGAGAGACUUGACAGCGAAAUAGAGACUUUCGAAGAUGGGUUUGCUUGGCAGUCUCAUUUCCAAAAAAGACUCACUGACUGA